CCCGCCCCACCAGGCUCCGCGUGGGGAGGUGGUGCCGCGCGGCAAUGGCGGAGCGGGAGGGUCCCGGCAGCACUCGGCUGCCGGCGGGCGGGCGGAAGAUAUCCUUGCAGAGAUGUGAAACAUGUAGUCAAGAGGAAGCUAAGUACAGGUGUCCACGAUGCAUGAAAUAUUCGUGCAGUCUGUUGUGUGUGAAGAAGCAUAAACUUGCAUUAAGCUGUAAUGGAGUCAGGGAUAAAACAGCAUUUGUCUCCGUAAAUGAAUUUACUGACUUGAAUCUUCUGAGUGAUUAUAGAUUCCUGGAAGAUGUAGGAAGGGCGGCUGAUGCUGCUGCUCGGCAUCUUACUGUGCAUAAUCCAACAGCAAAAAAACUUUUAUAUGGGUUGAGAAACAAAGCUCGAAAGUGUGACAUUGACCUGAGAACACUGCCUGUUGGAUUUACAAAGAGAAGAGAAAAUUCAACCACCUUCAACUACAUGGAGAAAAAGUUCUACUGGCACUUGAAGCUUAUAUUUCCUCACUCUCAUGCCGAAUAUACUUUAAAAGGGGUGCCUGAUGAUAAAACACUUGCUGAUAUCCUUAAGCCAUACAUUGAUCCAGUGGAGUCAGAUCCUGUAGUCUGUCAAAGAUUAAAAAUCUAUACAGUGUCUCCUCAGUCAGAUGUACAAAUUUUAAUGAAAAUAGAAAACAGGAAACAAAAUUCUGUCAGGUACUAUGAACUGGAUGCCAGUAGAAGCCUUCUAGACAAUUUGAAAGGCAAAGUUAUAAUUGAGUAUCCAACGUUUUUUGUUGUCUUGAAAACAUUGAAGAAUGACAUGGUGAUUCUUGGCCAAGAUGCCAGUGAACCUGCAGAGAAUUCGGACAGUGAAAGUUCAUCCCUUUCAUCUGUGGAAGAAGGGGAAAUUCGGGACAGUUCAUGACAGUUCUCUGGGAAAAGAGGGUGGAAUGCACUUUUUGGUUUGGGGGUUUUGGGGGAGUUUGGUUUUGUUUUGUUUUUAAAUCUAAUUAAUUUUAUAUAUACGUAAAACUGCCUUUCCAGAACUUUGGUUUGGCUUUCUUCACUAAAGGCAGCACUUCCAAACUGCCUGCCUAUUUUGGGAUUUAGUAAUGGGUAUUUAGGGAUGUAAAUAAUGAGCUGGGGAAUUUCUGGUUCCAGAAACAACAUUAUAUUCUAAUUUAAAUGCACACUUUUGUCCAUGUGUUUUUGAUAAAUCAACCACCCAAAUUUAAAAUUUCCAGGUUAGCUUCAACAACAGAUUAUUUCCUUUUGUCCUAACAGCUCAGUGACUGAUUUCCAAGUUUAAGUACCUGAUCAUGUAUUUGUAUUUAUAUAUGGAUUCAAGUCUUAAUGCUUAAAUGUACAUUAGAUUAAUUUCCUUUUUGAGGUAUUUCUGUGUCAUGCUGAGCUGCUGCAAAUGAUCUUACUUUACUUUUGACUUUAAUCUUUGAUGAAAUUCUCGGUGCCUGGUGCAGUGCAUUGGUUUUUAUUAUUAUUGUUUUUUCUUACUUGAUUGCAUCUUGUUUGAUAUUUUAAGGACAGCUCAAACUAUGUUUUUGGGGUGGCAUCUUGUUGUAUGCUUAAUCUUCUACCCUGAUCUUCCAAGUUAGUAUGGGGUUUAAAAUUAAUAGAAAUGAAUACUGAGAGUGUCAGUAAUGCUAACAUACUGGACUUCUAAACAAUGCUUAUGUUACGCAUCUCCUAUUAGUAGUUUACCUACUGAAUAGUUACUGGAAUAGUUUAAAUAUUUACUGGAAUAUCAACUGAAUUUACCUACUUAAAAGAAAAUAAAACUUAAGAAAAUAAUAAAGUUCUGUCCUGUAUCAUCUGCUGACAAGAGGAAUCUCUUGCUAACUUGUGAGAUUUCUGGAUCCCAGACCACUGCAUCCAAUUUCCCUGUGUCUGUGGGGUCUAGUGGAGAAUAAGAAAUGUGCGCUGUGAGCAGUGUGAGACAGGCCUUUGGGGUUAGUUUGCAAAGGUCUGGCUAAGUCAGUAUUUGUUAAGUCGUCAGGAUGUGAUCACUUUGUGAACAGUGAGAUUGUUGCUUCCUUUGUUGUUCCCUGGUCUGUCUGUCUUCUGCUUGGGACUGGCACCUCUGUGGCAGAAGUCAGUGGCAUGGGAUGCACCCUAAACUGCCGUGGAGGUGGGUUUUCAGUCAUAAGUGUACUUCCUGCAAGCACUGAUCUUAAUAGGAAGAAAACCAACAGAAAGCAGUGAAGGAGCUUCACUGGGAGGAGCAGGGCAGGCCAGGCAGAGGAGCAGGAUAGGCCAGGCAGAGUUCUCCACCUACACAUGUGAGUAAUUGUGAGUAACUUCAGGUAACUGGAGGCUGUGACAGCAAUAUGUGAGAGGGCUUGAGCUUCCAGAGACUCAGUCUGGACUUCAGGCCACUGAGCUGUUAGUUCCUUACCAGUCAUGCUGUGUUAAUACUGUUUCUUAAAUCGUACUGUGUAUCCUUACCCUUGUGUAUUUUGCAGGCCCUGGAAAAACAGGGAGGUUUUUCUUCUUGCGUGGCGGUAGCCACCUGUGCUCUGUUGUAUUUAUUAGUAAUUGUUGGUCCUCUGCCUACCUCUUGUUUCAAUGUUUGUUUUUUUACCCUUUUUAAAGGACCAGGAUUCCUAGCUAUAGGUGCUUCCUUCACAUCUUUUUCUGUCCAGUGAAAGUGGAUAAACUUUUCCUAAUCAGUGAUUACCACACACUGACUUGGAAGCCACAAAUUGCCUUAAACCAGUCUUGAACUCAUUCAUUAUGACACUGAUAAAAGAGCAGAACAGCAAAACUGCCACAGUUCUGUUGCCAGAAAAUGUUUCAUGAGAGUUAAUAACAUGGCAUUUCUGUUAAGAUUCAUAGCACACAGUGGAAAUGAGAGUGCUGCAAAUAUUAGUGUUGAUCUGCAUGUGUGUGUGAUUAGUCUUUGGCUGAGGAAGGCAGAGUUGUAAUUUGCAUUGCUCUCCUACACUCAUGGAGGUUUUCAUUAAUUGCAUAAAAUGGUUUGCCUGUGGGUUCUUUUUUUCUUAUAUAAACCUAGUUUAAGCUUCCUUGUGCCUCAGAUACAACUGUAAUUUGUCUUUAAAUGAAGAUGCUGUUAAAUCUCUCCUCCAGAUUUAAAUCUUCUCCUGCCUUAAAGAAGGUUUUAAAAGGUUAUUAAAGAGCAUUCCUGUGGUGGUUACUAGAACUGAAACUUCCAAACAAAGCUGGUAAUCGUCUUCCAGAGUUCAGUCAGAUUGAGAGUGAAAGGCCUUGGUAGCAUUCGCUAUUCAGUCCCAGGUUACUAUUUGUGUAUUUUUAUUUAGUUUUGGUAAGAGUUCCACUAGUUGGAACUGUGGUGAUUCAUCAAAUGCAAGUCAAGAUGAAAUUCAAAUAUUUUUCUUUGGUUUUACUAAACUUUUUCAGUCUUUGUUUGUGAAAAUGAAUCAAAAUGAUGGUCUCUGGCUGAAAGGGCAGCCUGACUUACGACAAGUGACCAGUGCAGAUCCUGCAACAGUGGUAAUUCCUCAUAAUAAUAAGGUUACUGAUUUAAUCGAAGUUUAUGCACUCUUUGGCUAGGCAGAUAGUUUGUAAAACUUUCAUAGGCAUUUAGGGGAAGAUUUGAAUUCCUUUUUGAGUGACUUAAACCCAGAAUGAGCAUCUUGUCAUAAACUGAAGAGAGAAAACACGCCUUUAAAAGCUGUAUUUUCAAAUUUCUGGUGAAGCACUUAAAAUUUAAAACAUGGAGCUGAAGCUGCUUGGAAGACCCAGUUCUGUCCAUCUUGAAGACAUACUGUUGUAAGCACAUUACACAAGGAUCCCUACAGGACUCUGCCUUGUUUCAGGGCAGAUGAUGUCUGUGAAUGAAAACUGUCUGAUGUUGUUUUUAAUAUUCAUCAUUCAACACCAGCUUGCAUUGAGUGCUCGAUUGUAUGCCUACUAUGCUUACUCAUUUAUUUUCCUCUGUAAACCACUUGUCACAGAAGGAACAAGCUGUUUGUAUGCAGAGUUGUUACGACAUUUCUUUCAAUGGUUAGGCUUUUCAGGUUUCAAACCUUGAGCCCUCACAGCAUGUUUGAGCUGAAGGACCAUCAGCUUACAAAGCAAAGGCUCUUGUCCUGAAUGAACACGCUACUUAAAAAAAAUUAAAAGCUUAAUGAAGUCAUCCCUUUUACAAGCCAUAGAGGACAAAAAUAGAGCAUAGCUAAGCACGUAGUAAUAGCUGAUAGAUUGAGUCAGCCUUCUGAGAGAACUUGGGUCUUUCCCUUUUCUGUAGAACUUCCUGGGCCCUUGAGUUGUCAUAGGUAAACAGUGUUACAGCCCCUGUCAGAGCAGCAGCCAAGUUUCAAAUGAGCACAUCUGAAUUCCAGGUUUUCCUGUAUUUAUCUUCGCAUUAGGAAUUGUUGGUCCAUAGAGGAAAAGAGGGUCAUGCCACAAAAUGUGUGGUUGGUGCUAGGUUUUAGAGGCAGGCCGUGCCCAUUUAUGUUGCUCCAGUUUUGCGUUAGGAGUAAAGUCUAACCAAUACAUAAAUUUCCAAGUUCACUAUAGUAGUGAUGGCACGUCCCACCUCCGUGCUGUCUCUAAGCAUAGCUGUGAUUCAGACCUUGCCCUGACAGACACAAAUGUUCUCUGUUGACAUCUGUAGGAGCAGAGAAUGAAUAACACCUUGCAAGAACAAGCUUUCAAAGAGUAAAUAUACAGCUGUGAUGAUGUAACUCCAAGCCAUGUUUGGUCACAAACAUUUCAUUCUGCUUUCUGAAGUCCCAUGCUCUUUUCCUGAAAAAAAUUUAUUCUUCCUCCCACUAAAGGAAAAAAUAUCUUGGAUUUGUGUUUAUGUUGUUGCCAUGACAUUCGGUUAAACUGUAUGCAGAUGCGUGUUCUGUUAAUAAGAGAAAAAAAAAGCUGUGUACUUCAGUGAACAAAGAUUGCCCUGUGUUUGUAUUAAAAUGUUGCUAUGGCAGUGCA